AUGGCAGAAAAAAUCUUAGAGAAGUUAGAUAUUCUGGAUGAGCAGGCAAAGAUGCUCUUGGCCGGAAGAGCAAAGAAAAACAGACUUCAGAGUCAAGUAAAGAAAAAGACUUUGGUUACACCACUGACAUUUGAUUUUCAGUUUGAAUUUGAAGAGGCUAUUGCUCCAUCCACAUCUAAGAACGUAUCCAGGAGCACAGAAGACAAGUCAUUUGGUAUUAAAAAACCAAACAGAUAUGUCUCCUUUAAAAAUGAGCCUGAACCUACAAAGAGUGAUUUUGAAACAUUAAAUUUAAGACCACACUUUGUACCAACAAAUAUAAAAAAUCAAGAAAGCAAGUCAAUAGCUCAAACUGGAAAAAAACCUAGGGAAUCAUCUGAUUUGGCUGGUCACUUAGAAGAUUCUGUCAAUAAAAGAAAAUCUCCCCCACAGAUGGAUGAUUUUAGCACAAAAGAAAACAAAACCAUCAUAAAUGACCAAUUAAGUGAAUAUUGUUCAACAAGAAAGAAAAGCUUGCUCCCCUUGUGCUUUGAGGAUGAAUUAAAAAAGCCAAAUGCCAAGAUAAUCAACAUUAGUCCAGCAAAGACAGUAACUUCUCACAUGGAACAAAAUGACACAAAUCCCAUAAUUUUCCAUGAAACUGGAUAUGUGCAAAUGUUACUUUUGACAAAAAAUCGGCUUCCUCCCCAUCGAAUGGAAGAUGAAAACAUUUACCCACAUAAAAGAGCAGAUUUUGUCUUAGAAAGAAAUUGUGAAACCCUCAAAUCUUUAAUUAGGGAUCAAUUUAUUAUUCCUUCCAAACCUAAAAGGAUAAUGGCUACAGCAUGGAAAAGAAAUAUACAAGCAAUAUCUGUUGAUGUGGGCCAUAGAGUUGUAGAGAGUAAGCUAAGGAAGAAAACUAGUAAGAAGACAUUUGAAGACGUAUCCUGGAGUAAAUUCUAUAAUUUCUCACAGACUUUUUCCAGCCUAACAAAAAAUUUUAUGGGCUUCCUUGAUAAAACUGUUAUUCAAGAAAUGAGUGCUAGACAUGGCAACUUUGAAAGAAUGUUUUCUACAGUAAAACCAAUUAGCAAAUUCAGUACCUUACCUGUCAAAUAUUGUUUAAAGCCUUUAAAAAAUAUACUCAAAGUCCAUAAAUUAAAUAAUGUAACACCCUUGGAUGAUUUGUUAAACUAGUCAAGUGAAAAUUAGGCCCCUCAAAAAAUAUUGUUUUACAGCAAUAUUUAUGUAACAAAAAGAAAAUAAUGAAGCUCCAAGAUCAUAGAAGAAAUUGUUACCUAAAUAAUAUUCUUGUGGAUGGUAUAAAAAAGCAAAACAUAGAAAUUGCAAUUAUAAAUCAACAGUCAUCUGUUCAAGAAAAGCCAACAUUUUUAGUAAACAAAAGGACAAAAUUAGGAAAUAAUUAUCCACAAGAGGGACUAAUACAUGAAUUUUUAUGAACUCAAUUAGAUUCCUCAAUCAUCAGCAUUUCUACAGUAAAGUGUGAUUUGGGACCAAGAAUGGCAUUCACCGUCUCUGGAAAUUUGCUGUUGGAAGCCAAACAGCACCAAUAACCUUGCUCAAUAAUUGAAUAUCAAAUAAGACAAAUGCACCAUUAACUUGAUGCAUGUGGAAUUAAUCAUAUAUCAACAUUUUGGAUAAUCAUUGGAAAAUAGGAUUACAUUAGCAAUUCAUGCAAUU